AUGCUCUAUUACAGCGGCCAUACUCGUAGGAUAGGUGAUGUCGACGAGGGUUCUACCGUCACCGACUUUCUUCCUGCUGAGCGGGCUCGUGGGAUCACCAUUCAAUCUGCGGCCAUCACCUUCGAGUGGCCACCGGCGCAUGCUGCACCACCUCCGACCUCGACCGAUGACAUUGAAGUUCAGCCUCGUGCACGUUUCCCGCACACCAUUAAUCUAAUCGACACGCCGGGGCAUGCUGACUUCACUUUCGAGGUCCGCCGAUCGUUGCGCAUCUUGGAUGGUGCUGUUUGUAUUCUGGAUGGUGUCGCUGGGGUUGAAGCCCAGACUGAACAAGUAUGGGCCCAAGCUGGCGAAUGGAACAUCCCACGAAUAGCGUACAUCAACAAGCUAGAUCGUGACGGCGCGGCUUUUGGAAGAACCGUUCGUGAAAUCGGCUCUCGCUUGGGCGGUUGGCCCGCGCUUUGUCAAAUCCCAUGGUUCGAGGGUGGAAAGGGCCGUUUUACUGGCGUGGGAGAUGUUAUCAACUUGGAAGGAUUAUUGUACGAGUGUGGCGGAGAUGGCAAAGCGAUAGAACGCUAUCCCUUUAAGCGGUUGGAGCAAGAGCAUCCUGAGUUUGCACAGGAAUUGCGAAGAGCUAGGACGGCGCUGGUUGAACUACUCAGUGAGCAUGACGAUCAGCUUGUCGAAGCCUUUUUCGACGCCGAAGAGGACCACCUCAAAGUGAGUCCUGCUCAGAUUUGGGAGAGCCUGCGAAGGUGUCUCCUCACACCGCAUUGCACCGUUAUCCCAGUCUUUGCUGGCGCCAGCUUUCGUAAUAUUGGCGUACAGCCUCUCUUGGACGCUGUCAACAAUCUCAUGCCAUCUCCGGAAGAGCGGCCAGAUCCUGAGGUUGGUCUUGGGUCGAUCUCUGGAGGGCUUUCGCAGCUGAUCAGAGGGGAUUUGUCACUUGAGAAACCAGCGUCAAAGUCCAAGAAGAAAGGUCCUGAGUUGGUACCCGCGGCGAUCGGCAAGGCUUUGCAGGGUUGUGCGUUAGCAUUCAAAGUGGUCAAUGACCCACGGAAAGGUAUGCUUGUCUACAUCCGCGUCUAUUCGGGAGUGAUAGAACGAAAUGCCCUCCUUUUCAACACCAAUCUUCAGAAUUCGGAGCGGGCGACAACUUUACUGCGGAUGUAUGCUUCGGAAUCGGUGCCUGUUCAGUCACUCCGAGCUGGCGAAAUUGGUGUCAUUGCAGGUUCGAAGUUUGCUCGUACCGGAGACACCCUCAUCUCCUAUGCUGGAAACAAAGCCACACCACCCGAACCACUGCAAAGGCUACAACUGCGGCCUAUCAAAGUGCCGCCACCUGUAUUUUUCGCGGCCAUUGAACCAAAUAGCUUGCGGGAAGAGAAAGAUAUGCACGAGAAGCUUGCGCUGCUGUUGCGAGAAGACCCCAGCCUCCAGGUGCUGCAGGAUGAAGAUACAGGCCAGACGCAAAUCAGUGGUAUGGGCGAAUUACAUCUUGAGAUCGCUCAAGAUAGACUUGUCAACGAUCUAAAAGCAAAAGCACGCAUGGGCAAGAUUGCAAUUGGUUAUCGUGAAACACUACCACAACCUUCAAAUAUCAUCACAAAGGUGUUGGAGGGCGAACGUGCGGCAUCAAAAGGCAAAGCAGGGUGUACGGCCCUCGUGGAACCUCUGGAAGGCGAAUCUGCAGAUGAUGUUGAUGAGUCUGAGGAGAAAUUCAUCCAUGAAGAAGACGGAAACCUGGUCAUCAUCGAGACACCAACUUUAGACCAACGAGGAAGACCACUCGCCGGUGACUCAGGGGGCUUGCCACCACACCUCCUGCUUCCCGAAAUCCGAACUGCGUGCCUCAACGGCGCUUUAGCAGCUUUGAGCCGUGGCCCCUCCUGGGGCUAUCCAAUGCGUAAUACAAAGGUCACCUUGACCCUUCGCCCAGAGGAGCACAUCUUUAGCACGGAAACGACAUAUGGAUCCCUGACGGCUGCUGCUCGCCUGGCCACGAUCGCGGCAUUCAAAGACGCCACCAAGAGCAGCCCGUGUUCUCUGAUGGAACCUGUGAUGAACGUCGAUAUCAACGUGGAUGAAGCAAGCUUGGGGAAUGUCAUCCAGGACAUCUCUUCUGGUCGGGGAGGCCACAUUGUCUCCCUUGGUGACCAUGAAGAGGAGCACGCUCAGACAGGCUUAGAUUCCAAACGUAUCGACGUCCGGAAGAUUUAUGCACCCAAGGAUCCCUUUGAGUCCGGCUCAUCGUUGGCUGGAGAGGAACACCAGAGGGUCAAUUUCCAGAGGACUGUAAAGGCAAAGGUACCUCUGAAAGAGAUGGUCGGUUACCUCAAACAUCUCCGCAGCAUGACUGGAGGUAGAGGAACGUUUGUGAUGAGUGUCGAUCGAUUCGAGAAGAUCACGGGUCCUCGAGAAAGAGCACUUAUUGCAGAGCUUCACGGCGGAUUGUGA